AUGUCUGCCCCUCACAACGACAACGACGAGAUCGACGACUCGCCCGAGCUCCUCGACGCUGAGGAUGCGCUCGAGGAGGUCGAGGAUGCCGAGGGAGACAUUGCGAUGGACUCGGACGACGAAGGCGAUGAGAUGGAGAUCGUGCUCCAGAACGACAGCAUAGCAUACUUUGAUCUGCACAAGGACUCGGUCUUCGCCAUCGCGCAACACCCGACACAGCCCUCCCUCAUCGCGACCGGUGGCUCGGAAGGCGACACUGAAGACGCCCCAGGCAAGGGAUACGUCUUCGAUACGAGCGCUAUCUCCGGCAGGCCAGUGCUUCCCCCCAGCUACCAGGCAGACCCGAACGCCCCCCAACCCCAGAGCACAGAACUGACGCCGCUCUUCGCCAUCGAGGGCCACACGGACUCCAUCAAUGCGCUCGCCUUUACGCUGCCCCGCGGCCAAUACCUGACGUCGGCUGGCAUGGACGGACGCCUCAGGGCGUACCAACUCACCUUUGACGGGCGGAACAAGCCCACCUUCACCUUUGUGGCCGAGGCCCAGGAGGUUCCCGAGAUCAACUGGCUGGCACCCUGCCCGUCGCCCCAAUACCCCAACACCAUUGCGCUUGGUGCUUCUGACGGCUCAGUCUGGGUGUACACCAUCGAUGCGUCCGACUCGGGCAACCCGCUGCAGAUUGUGCAGAGUUACUUUAUGCACACUGCUUCCUGCACGGCUGGCGCCUGGUCCCCCGAUGGCUACUUCUUGGCAACGGUGUCUGAAGAUAGCUCGCUACACGUUUGGGAUGUCUGGGGCGAGGCAGCGGCAAAGAGUUUGACGAACGACAACGGGCAGACCGUCGUUUCUCUGACCGGCGAGGAUCAGCGUUUCGAGGUCGAGGGCGGUCUCUACUCUGUCGCAAUCGACCCAAGGUCCUCCUUCGUUGCCGUAGGAGGCGCUGGAGGUGCUGUCAAGAUCAUCAGCUUGCCGCGCAUCGCGAGUGAGGCUUCAUCGCAGGCCAAGCCGCAAUCCAGCAAGCAGAACAAGGCCAAGGCGAAGGGCGGCGAAGCUUCGGGCAGCCAGGGCGGCACCAUCUUGGCAAGUCUGCACACGAUGGGUGACGGAGUCGAGAGCUUAGCCUUCUCGCCUACUCAGACUCUACUGGCCGCUGGUAGCGUGGACGGCAGCAUCGCCAUCUACGACACUGCCCGACGAUUUGCGGUGCGACGACACAUCAAGGAGGCCCACGAGGAGUUUAGCGUCGUCAAGGUCGAAUUCCUACGGGGUUCGGGCGACGGCUGGGUGCUGACCAGCUGCGGUAUGGACGGUGUAGUCCGCAGAUGGGACGUUAGAGGUGCAACGGCCAGUUCGAACGUCAGUGCAACAAGUGCCUCGGGUCUGGUGAACCAGUGGAGAGGACACAGAGGAGACGGCGAGGGUGGUGGUGUACUUGGCUUCGUGCAAGGGGGUUCGGGGGAGAGGAUAGUGACAGCAGGCGACGACUCUGUUGUCUUGGUGUUCGAGGCAUGA